AUGAAGUGGAUUGUGCCUUUUCUGGUGGUCUUUGUGCCCCUGGUAGCGGCAGCGGAUGCAACAAAAGAGUUGUUGACCAAUCUGCCUGCCUGUGCAGCUCCUUGUUAUGAAGAUGCCAUCAAAAAGUCGGACUGUAACUCGACCGAUGUGAAAUGCGUGUGCUCGACCCAAGUCAUCAUCCAGACUGCAGAGGCAUGCGCUGCCCAAGCAUGUCACGUCAGAGAUAGUCUGACAACGCUCAACAUGACAUACACCUACUGCGAAGUCCCCGUGCGAAACAAGACCCCCAUCUUCAUCAACGUCACAAUCGUCCUCGGCGUGAUAUCCGGCGUCGCGACCGCCCUGCGUCUCUGGUCCAAAUUCUUCUUCACCAAGACCGAACUCGGCCUCGACGAUCUCUUCAUCGUGCUCACGCUCUUCAUCGGCAUGCCCUCCACAGCCAUGAACAUCCACGGAACCGCCGGGCACGGAGAAGGCCGCGAUAUCUGGACGCUAGAGUUUGACGACAUAACAAAGUUUGGGUUUUACUUUUGGUUGCUCGAGGUAUUCUACUUUGCGCAGGUUUCGCUGCUCAAGACGUCGUUGUUGUUCUUUUACCUGAGGAUCUUUCCGGGGAAUGCGCAAAAGUUACUCUGGGGGACUAUUAUUUUCAAUAGUGUUUUUGGUGUCUUGUUUAUGUUUUUGGCGGCGUUUCAGUGUACGCCUGUGAGCUACUUUUGGUUGAAUUGGGAUGGAGAGCACAAGGGAACAUGCAUGAACUCAACUGCCAUCGGCUGGGCCAAUGCAUCUAUCAGUGUCGCUGUGGAUGUAUGGAUGCUUGCAGUUCCAAUGUGGUAUCUCCGAAAACUCAAACUGCAUUGGAAAAAGAAGAUUGGUGUCGCUGCCAUGUUUAUCGUCGGAACUUUUGUCACCGUCGUGAGCAUCAUUCGUCUGCAAUUCCUCGUCGAUCUCGGCUCAUCUCACAACCCGACAUAUGACCAAACUGACAUCUCCAUCUGGUCAACAGUUGAAAUCAACGUCGGUAUCAUCUGCGCAUCCAUGCCGGCUCUUCGAGUCAUUCUCGUGCGUCUGUUCCCCUCUCUUGGAGGCUCAUCCUACGAUUCGAGCAAGUACAACAACUACGGAGAACAUUACGGACGGAAAUCACAUAUUAUGAGUCGAAGUCGUGCUCGCGUGGAGUUGCCAUCUCAUACGGGUGACUCUAUACAUACGCCUGAGCAUGGAGGUAUUGAGUUGCAGAGGACGUUUCAUGUGCAGUACAGUGAGAAUGACGAGCAGAGUCUUGUUAAUGGGGAGAUCAAAGGCAACAUGGGCAGCUCUUGUAUUGAGGGAGCGGCCAUCACCAUUCCGCCAUUAUCACAAAUUUCACAGAUCGACCAUGACUGCAAUGUGUUUCGGCAGUUUGAAACUCGCAGAGAAUCCGCAAAUGGCCACUUGAGGAAAUAUUUCGAGUAUGUCGGACAUGAAAAGAUCCAAAAGGAUCUUCCUGGACUUUACGCUAGACCCCUCAAGUCCCGGGGCUCAGAAGCAGAUCAGAAUGCACGACUCUCGCAAACUAACGCUAUACAUGAUCUUGUGAAGCUCGACGACAUUCUUGGACGGAUCAAACAAGAGGAGCGGCCUUACAUCAAGGCUGUAUCUCCACUCGUCGUUGCAUGGACGGCAUUUUGCCUCACCUUGCCAUAUGCCACCCCGCAAGGUGAUCCAUCUGUCUUUUUCAAGAUUGGUGCUGUUACGGGAGCUUUCGUUAUCGCUGCUCAGCUAGUUCGCAAGUUUCUGCAGUUGAGAAACAUCACUCCUUUGCAGCACAAGGGACUCGGAGGAGGUCUUGAUUUCGUCGUUGAAUUGGCUUCAUUUAAAUUCAAGGAUUCGACUGUAUCAUUGUCAUGA